UUUCCUGCAGUACAGCGAUGGUUCCGUUGGCAGGGUCUAAUGGGAAAACUUGGUUUGGAGUCGGAUCAAAUGGCAAGCUGUAUCGAAGGUAUGAGGAUGGCGGCGGCACCUGGCACUGGGUGGAUCACGGAUACGGAAAACCAGAUCAUCAGCUGUACAACGCAGAACCUUGUGUAAACGGCCCCAAAGCGGUAGAAGUCACCACGAGCAAUGGCCAUCUUGCUGGCCGCCAUUUCUGGGGAGGUAAUUGGCUCCGUACUCAUCACGGACGACCUUACGAUUCCCAUGUCAUUGCAACCGGCUGCUCCAAUGUGAACACGUCGGGAAGUAAGUCGAGGACCUUCCUGCGAGGGUCAGACGGGGAUCUGUAUGAGCACUACUAUGAUUGGGGUACCGGAUUUCGAUGGCGAUGGCAUGGGGUGCCAGCCAAGCCACCCGCGCCACCCGCAACUUAUGUGGACGAUAUAAAAACUACAAGCUACUAUACAGGGCGCGGUCGCAGCAAUGUGUUCGUGGUGGGGACGGAUGGAAACCUGUGGCAACUGUGGACAAAACACGUGCACAAUUCCCCCGACACCUGGUUCAACCGGGGCAAGCCUGCGGGGAAAGUCAUUCGGCAUAUUCACGCAAGUAGAGGCGGACUUAGGUGGGCCAUCACUACGGACGGGUCUGUCUGCAGAGCGAUUGGUGCCUGGCCGUGUUACUCCCUGCCCAACAGAAAGAUCCUAGACUGCUCGGACCCGUUUCUCACCAGUGCAGGUAGAUCCAUGUUCUGCAAUACCGUGGGCACAGUGUACAAUCCAAGCUACUCUGGAUACCGGGUCAGUAUCUAUUAUGUUAUAUAUUGUGCUUCAUGGGUUUUUGGUGGUCCUGUAUAACUGAGACAUCCUUGAAAGGUGUGUGAGAGCAACGAAUAUUUCUAUAUAACAAAAACGUGAAUAACUAACUAGAGUUCGGAGACCUCAUACCAAAGCAACAUUUAAAAAUAUUCGAGGAUUUAUUGUUCUUGACGCCUUUCUGAUGAUUUGCACAAUAGGCAUCUUAUUGUGUGCAACUCUAUCUGAGCUAAACGCAUUCCAAACACAUUAACACACGCACGCACACGCAAACACUCACACAUACACACAAACACACGC